GAAAUUCACAUCCCAUCACUCCACUCCCCGUCCAUGGCGUCCUCCUCCACCGCCGCCUCCUCGUCGGCGGCAGCGGCAGCGUAUCCCAGAACCCCCUUCUCCCUGCGGCGGCGCCCGGGUCUCCUCGCCUUCCUCUUCGUCUUCCUCUGCUUCAUCUCCUUCCAGGUCGUAAUCCAUGUGCCCUCCGCCAGAUCGGCGGUGUCCCAGUGGCUCUUCUCCGGUCACCAAGGUGAACACCAGCGUCCCAAGAACUGCCCUGGGUGUGGCAAUUCGCAGGAUGUGGGUAGUGCUGACAAGACGAUUGCGUACACUGACCAGUAUGGACGGAUCAAGCUGUUCAAAGUGACCGCCAGAGAGUUUGCGUCGUCCUCUAUCUGGGAGAACCCAUGGUUGCCCAGAGAUAGCCAACCGAUAGCCAGAACCCAAGAGGCUGCUGAGGAUCUUCUACUAGCCAAUGGAUCAGAAGCCACCAAUCUUUCAAGUGCAGAAACUCUGGAAACGAAAAGCGUGGAUCCGAUCAAAUUAAAGCGACAGGUAUUUCGGCGUAGAAGAAAGGAGCAGAGGGUACAGGAGUUGCUUCAGGUGGAUAAGAAGGUUGAACUUGAGAUGCGAAAUGCAGCGAUAAACAGCUCAAGGAACUUUGAUAAUAAAGUUAGGGGCAGCUACAACAUAUGGAGGCCGGAGUUCCGCCUUACUAAUACAGAUUCAACCCUAAGGCUCAUGAAAGAUCAGAUAAUAAUGGCCAAGUUAUAUGCCACUAUUGCACUUUCCCAGAAGGAACCAGACAUGUAUGCCUUGCUCAUGAAGUGCAUAAAAGAAAGCCAAACAGCCAUUGGGGAUGCACUUAUCGAUAGCGAACUCGAUUCGAGUGCUUUAGAGAGAGCAAAAGCAAUGGGGCAUGUGCUGUCUUCGGCUAGAGAUGUUCUGUACAGCUCGAGUGAAGUAUCAAGAAAAUUACGUGUUAUGCUGCAGUCUACGGAACUAGAUAUCGAUGCAGUUAAGAAACAGAAUUCGUUCCUGGUUCAGCAUGCUGCAAAGACUGUCCCCAUGCCCUUGCACUGCCUACAUAUGCAGCUGACCACCGAUUAUUAUUUUCGUGAUGGUGUGACGAAGGAGCAUUUUCAUGAUGCUGCUUUGAAGGAGGAAGAAAAUAAAGCAAAGCUUGAGGAUAGGUCACUCUAUCACUAUGCUAUAUUUUCUGAUAAUGUGCUUGCAGCCUCAGUAGUUGUCAGAUCAACUGUGACAAAUGCCAAUGAACCAGAGAAGCAUGUGUUCCACAUUGUCACUGAUAGACUUAAUUUUGCAGCCAUGAAGAUGUGGUUCAUCGCUCACCCUCCCCAGCUGGCUAUUGUUCAUGUGGAGAACAUAGACAAUUUCAAGUGGCUCAAUUCAUCGUACUGUUCUGUUUUGCGGCAACUUGAGUCAGCUCGGCUCAAAGAAUAUUACUUCAAAGCACAUGAUCCAUCAUCACUUUCUGAUGGAAACGAGAAUCUAAAGUACAGGAACCCCAAAUAUUUGUCUAUGCUCAACCAUUUAAGGUUCUACAUGACAGAAAUACACCCGAUGCUUGACAAGAUACUGUUUCUCGAUGAUGAUAUUGUUGUGCAGAAGGAUUUGACGCCCCUAUGGGAUAUAGAUCUUAAAGGGAUGGUAAAUGGUGCCAUUGAAACCUGUAAAGAGAGUUUUCAUCGCUUUGACACUUAUCUCAACUUCUCACACCCAAAGAUAUCAGAGAACUUCGAUCCACGUGCUUGUGGGUGGGCGUUCGGAAUGAACAUGUUUGACCUGAAGGAGUGGAGGAAGCGAAAUAUCACUGGAAUAUACCAUUAUUGGCAAGAUUUGAAUGAGGAUCGCAAGCUGUGGAAGCUGGGUACAUUACCUCCGGGACUAAUUACUUUCUACAACCUGACAUACCCAUUGAAUCGUACUUGGCAUGUUUUGGGCCUUGGAUAUGAUCCAGCUGUUGAUAUUGCUGAGAUCGAUAAUGCUGCGGUAGUUCAUUACAACGGGAAUUACAAGCCCUGGCUUGACCUUGCCAUUUCCAAGUACAAUCCGUACUGGUCCAAGUAUGUAGAUCUUGGCAGCUCGCAUGUUCAGCAUUGCUAUGCGAGUAAACAAUGACAUGUAAAUCUUCAUCCAGUUUUAUUUUUCCUUUGGAGCAUAAGUUAUUUCACUAGGAGAUGGUUAGACAGAGUAGUGGUGUGUCUAACGUAGUUUAGCCUUCAUAAUCUUGUCAUUCUUCUGCAUAGUAAUGUGCCUACUCUUGUAUCAACUGGUGAACAUGGUGAUUUAUACCCUGCAACAAAGUAGGUGUUCUUUUUGUUCACUUUAGAAUUUGCUGUACCUUGAAUGAAUUGCAAAAAGAAUAAACCUUCACAUCAA